UUAAUAAAUACUUUUUUUUUUCCCCAGCAGCUACUAAACAGAAUCCCGUGUGCUGCCAUGGACAGUGUGAAGAUGGAAUCUGUCCAGAUUAAAGAGGAGUUCCCUGAACUUGAAGUUGUCCCCAUUAGAGUGGAGUCUCCUGGACUGGCUUCCCUCCCCAUUAAACAGGAGCUCUGUGAGGUGCAAUGGGACAGCAGCCAGCCAGAGGUCUCUGAGAUUAAAGCUGAGCACGAUGAAUUGGAGAUCCCCCAGACAGAAGAACCCCUUCCUGUGAAACAAGAAGAGGGGCUGGAAAUUGUCUGUAUUAAACAGGAGCCCCCUGAAGUAGAGUUUGAGCACAUGGAACCAGGGAAGGAAGAAUCCGAGGACUUCAAACCAAACAUCCCUGAGCUGGAGCCUGUACGCCUGCGGGAGUGUAGCGUGGUGCUGGAGAGAAUCUGCGUGAGAGAGCGAGGCGCUGGAGAGGAUGACUCUCCCAACAGCACGCAAGGAGGUGGAAAGGAAGACGGGCAGUCAUAUUCACAAUGCAGUCCUGCAGGUGGAGGAUAUCCUGACUGUGGAAAAGGAUUCAGUCCGUUAGGAAACCUUGAAAUACACCAGCGAAUUCCCACAGGAGAGAAGCCGUAUUGCUGCUCUGACUGUGGGAAGUGUUUCAGUAAAGCAGGGGGCCUGAAAACACACCAGCAAAUUCACACAGGAGAGAAACCGUAUCGCUGCUCUGACUGCGGGAAGAGUUUUAAUUUAUUGCAAAACCUGAGAAGACACCAGCGGAUUCACACAGGAGAGAAACCGUAUUACUGCUCUAACUGUGGGACGAGUUUCAGAUAUUCAGGAGACCUUAAAAUGCACCAGCGGAUUCACACAGGAGAGAAACUCUAAAGACCAUGUUCAGUGGGACUUCUCACUCAAUAGGAAAAUACAUUAACCUUGCAUUAUGAGUCUCUGUGUAAUUAUGUUGUGUAUCAGCCUCGACCUUGCAUUUUAAAUGGUAAAAAUUAGGCAUGGGCACCAAUAUGUAUAUUUUGAUAUGAUAUCAAUAAUUUCCAUAUGGCUGUCAUAGAGGCAUAAUUUGUAUUGCUAAUACUGCUAAAAAUAUAAACGCAGUAUAAUCAAGUUUUUAUUAUAUUAAUAUACAACAAACCCUAUACAUAGCGAUCGCGAUCAGUCUCUUAGGCAAACACCACACACUAAAGUAUUAUUUAACCAUUGUAUAUGCAGCAAGCAAUGGCACAUUA